AUGAUGCCAUCUCCCACUACAUAUGACCUCCUCGAACAGACUUGGGAUAUCAUAAUUGUAGGAACCGGCUCUGCGGCUCUCACUUCUGCUCUCUCAGCUGUAACUUCCACUUACCCUCCUCCAAGAGUCUUGCUUCUUGACAAAGCACCACGAGAAUGGGCGGGCGGGAACGGUUACUUUACAGCAGCUGCAUAUCGAACCCAACAUAAUGGACUUGAGGAUCUCUUGCCUCUGGUCUCUAAUGUCUCUAAAGAUCUGGAGGAUAAGAUAGACCUACCGGCCUACUCGGAAAAGGACUUUCUCGACGAUCUGAAGCGGGUGACGGAGGGAAGGAGCUCUGAAGUUCUAGGUGGUGUUGUUGUGAAGGAGAGCUUGGAUUUGAUCAGGUGGUUGAAGGAUGUGGGAGGAGUGGAAUGGUGGUUGAGUUUUCGACGGCAGGCGUAUCAGGUCGAAGGGAGGUGGGUGUUUUGGGGUGGAUUGCACCUCACAAUCCCCGAGGGUGGGAAGGGUUUGAUUCGAAGCCUGUUGGAUGCUGUGAAUAGGCAUAGAUGUCCGAUUUCUUACGACACUGACGUGAAGAACAUUAUGCAAGACGAGAAAGGAGAGGUCUGUGGUGUUACUGCUGAGGUACAUGGGGAGAUGAAGGAGAUACGAUCGAAGAGCGUGAUUCUUUGCUCUGGUGGAUUUGAAGCCAGUCCCUCGAUGAGGAAGAAAUGGAUGGGUCCUGCCUGGGAACUAGCGCAUACUAGAGGAACUCCAUACAACACCGGCGAACUGCUGACUGCAGCGAUUGAUAUGGGAGCCAAAACGAUAGGAGACUUUAGUCCUACCGGUUGCCACAGCGUUGCUUGGGACGCUGACUCGCCGAGAGACGGCGGCGAUCGCGAGAACACGAAUGAGUAUACGAAAAGUGGCUAUCCGCUUGGCGUGAUGCUUAAUGCCGACGGUCAACGUUUCGUGGACGAGGGCAUCGAUUUGAGGAACUACACAUAUGCUAAGUUUGGGCGAGCUAUUCUCGAACAGCCGAACGGCAUCGCUUUUCAAGUAUGGGACCGAGACGGACAAGGCUGGCUCCGAAAUGAGGAGUAUCGGGAUGAGAUCGUUCGAAAAUUCCAGACCGACAGCUUGGAGGAAUUGGCGAAGCAACUUACUGAUGAUGGAUUGAAAGAUCCUGCUGCGUUCGUGAAAACGAUCGAGGAAUUCAAUCAAGCUGUCGAAGCGCACCGUUCAGAGAAUCCAGACGUCAAGCUCAAUCCAGCUAUCAAAGAUGGUCUUACAACACAGUCUUCGAAGGUCGAAUUGGCGCUGGCAAAGUCCAACUGGGCCGUUCCUAUUCGAGCGCCUCCGUUUCUGGCGGUCAAGGUGACCACCGGUAUAACCUUCACCUUCGGCGGACUCGCCAUCAACCCAGAAACAGCAGCAGUGGUUCGAGCAGACGGGUCGGAGGUGUCGGGCUUGUACGCAGCAGGAGAGAUAGUUGGUGGACUGUUCUACCAGAAUUACCCCGGCGGAAGCGGUCUCACAGCAGGAGGCGUCUUUGGCAGGAGAGCUGGCAAGGCGGCGGCUGCACGUAUGCAAGACACAACUCGCACACGCACCUCGUGA